CAAUUCCCUCAUUCUAUCUCCACCCACCAGCAUUGUACACUGACACCACAGCUAACCUGAUAAAAGGAGAAAGGUUCAUUUGGCCCAUUCAAAAACAACACCUGGCUGCCUCUUGCAAAACUUGCAGGAAUAAAGCUGAAAAAUAAAAUGAGUAAAACAAUUGGAGAUCCUCUGAGAGCUGUUGGUGUUGAUUUUCUCAGGUAUGACAACACCCGUCUUCAUCAUACCAAUGAGUUUUCCCAUAGUAGCUUAAUUGUGAGACGUGGACAAGAAUUUCGGCUAAAAGUGACAUUUAGUAGGGAACUGCAAGACAAUGACAAAGUCACUCUACAGCUGAGUAUUGGUCACACACCAAUGCCAUCCAAUGGGACCUUCAUAACCCUGAAUCCAAGGACACAACAAGAUGCUCAACCAUGGCAUGCUAACAUUUGUCAAACAAAUGGGAAGGAGUGUGAAAUAGUUAUAGCCAGCCCAGCUGAUGCGAUCAUUGGAAAAUAUCUUCUGAAAGUGGAUACAGGAUCUAAUAUUUAUAGUCCUACUAAGAAUUUUAUCUAUAUUUUGUUCAAUCCUUGGUGUCAAGCAGAUUCUGUUUUUAUGCCAAAUGAUGAUGAAAGAGUGGAGUACAUCCUCAAUGAUACUGGCUACAUUUAUGUAGGAUCAGUAGCAAAUAUUCGUGGAAGGCCAUGGAAUUUUGGGCAGUUUGAAGAUGAUAUUUUGGAUUGCUGUAUCUAUCUUCUGGACAAGAGUCAGCUCAAGGCGAGUGCUAAAAAGGAUCCGGUGAUCAUUUCCAGGGUCAUGUCAGCUUUGUUAUGCGCUGUCUGGGGAUUCCAUGCCGAAGUGUGUCAAAUUUUGCUUCAGCACAUGAUACAGAGGAAAACCUUAAAGUGGAUAUUUAUUUGGAUGAAAAAGGAAGAAAAAUAGACUCAUUAACAAAUGAUUCAGUUUGGAAUUUUCAUGUAUGGAAUGAGAUCUGGAUGAAAAGACUGGACUUGCCCAGUGGCUUUGACGGCUGGCAGGCAAUUGAUGCCACACCUCAGGAAAAAAGCCAAGGAAUUUACCAGUGUGGCCCAAGCCCGGUCAAGGCCAUCAAAAAUGGUGAAGUCUACCUUCCCUAUGAUUCUAAAUUUAUGUUUGCAGCAGUGAAUGCAGACAAGAUUUUUUGGCGUGUAAAGAAUGAGAAUAGCACAAAAGACUGUGUCAAGCUGUGGGAAGAAAUUAAGGCAAUAGGAAAGAACAUCAGCACUAAAGCUGUUGGGAAGAACAUCCGUGAAGACAUCACUACCCAAUACAAAUUUCUGGAAGGUACUCAUGAAGAAAGAAAAUCUGUGGAAACUGCUUACUCCUUCAUUUCAAAACUUUCAAGUCAUGAAGCUAUAUCAUCUCCUAACCUCCUGAAGGCAAAUCUGAAAUUUAGGGUGGAAGGAAAAUAUUCUUUGUGGCCUGGGCAGCCAGUUGACCUGAAUGUCAUUGUAGAGAAUGAAUCUGUGGGGAAUUGGACUGGCUGUCUUGCUGCGUCUUGUCAGCUUGAAUCUUACACUGGGAAAGUAUAUGCAGACCUUUCAACAAUCAAGCAGAUUAUCCACACUGAAGGCAAACCAGUUAUUCAAAUACCUUGGAAAAUAACAGCUGACACUUACAUGCAAAAAAUUAUGUCUACUGAGGAUGAACUUCUAAUCAAAGUAAAUAUUAUUGCUGAAGUUCAAGAAACAAAUGAAAAAUUCACAAAAGAGAUUACUUUAAAUUUUGAGCACCCACCUCUCAAAAUUGAGAUGGCAGACACUGCAAAGGUUAAUCAAGAUUUUACCUGUGCAUUUAUCUUCAAGAAUACUUUAUCCAUUCCAUUGGAAAACUGCAAAUUGUAUGUAGAAGGCCUGGGCAUUUUUAUGAUGGAAGUAUUUGAUCAAGGGGACAUAGAACCUGGUAAAAUCUUUAAAUCCAAAAUAGUGUGUGCUCCAAAGAAGACUGGACUGAAGAAGAUAGUGGCCAAACUGAAUUCUACCCAGCUAAAAGAAAUAACCAUGGAAAAGAUUAUUUCCAUCAUUGAAUAGUAAUGGUAUUCCCAAAGAUCAUCAUUUGGUGGCACUAGAGAUGCAUGUUAUGAUUCAAGUUUCUAGAUUUUGCUUGCAGCCUUGAUUGUGGGCCAAAAGAUUAUAUACAAUUAAAAGAAUUUUAGCAGUGGAUUACUAUUUUGAUUUUAUCUACUGGAGAUUUAAUAGGAUAUUGAAAUACGCUUUUUGGUUUGCAGAGUUCUGACAUUUUCUGACUACUAAAGUUAUAUGUGAAAUCAAGAGUUGGAAUAAUUUAGGAGGAUUUUUCUUUGUCUUCCUUUAGCUCUGUGAGGCAUAUUUAGCCUUCUCUUUUCAUUUUAUAAUUUGUAACUGUUCCUCACUGUAGGUCUAAUUGCUAAUAUGCAAUAUGUUACAAAACUUCAUACACAUUGUUCUUUCAUUAAGAAUAUGCUAGGUUAGUGAUGGCUAACUUUUUUGUUGUCACAUGCCGAAGGUGCCCCUGCGCAACAGCAUCCCCCUGUGCAACAGCGCCCCCUAUGCAACAGCGCCUCCACACCCAUAAGGCAAUGCACAUGUGACCCCCUGCUCCUCACCCCCCAUGCAUGCGCAGCAGAGAUCCAAAGACCAGCUGGCCAGUGGGAGGCACACACGCAUGUGUGGUAGAGCUGGGCUGGGGCGAUGGCUGACGUGCCCGCAGAGAUAGUUCUAGGUUUGCCAUCAGGGUGUUUGAUAUAUUAGUUUCAAGUUUACUUCCACAACUAAUGUAACUGACAGAGAUUUCAAUAUUAUUUUCUAUACAUGUAGAUUCUAUGAACAUGGUUGCCAAUGAAGCACAAAUUAGUGCCUAAAAGUUCCUUAAAUGUAUUUAUCACCAAAAUUAAAUUGUCUUUUAAUUCAGAGUAUCAAUUCAGAGUAUUACUCUAGUAUUAAUACUACUCUAGUAUUACUAUGAGUAUUAAUUUGGAGUAUUACUUUACUUUGUCUACUACUUCUAGUUAUGAAUUAAUAGUUCCUAUCAAAUAAAAAGUAUGUCUUCUCAAUCAA